GUUUUAAAAGGAAAGGCACGGAGUACAGAAAGUUCAGAAGACAGUACAUAUAGCCCAGAGCUCAGCUGAAGAUGAAGGUCUUGCCAGUCGUUCUACUGAUUUUGGCCAUUGGCCUAAUCUCAGAUGCUGUGAUUGUUCAUGAAGGAGAAUUUUCUUUCUCACUUGAAUCAGUGAAAAAGCUUUGGGACAUCCUGGCUAAUGGAGAGUCGACUAAACCAACGAAUCGCUUAAGUGUGUUCAGCUCUGUGAAAGUGUGUGAAAACCCACUCCUUCCUAAGGAAUUUCAGCCUCUGUGCCAAAGCAAAAAUGCACAAGUUCAUUUCUCCAGACUUGCACUUCUCUCCAGGAAUAGCGAUGUAUGUGAGCUCUGUUCAUUUGCGGCUUGCACUGGUUGCUGAACAUGACUCAGUACAAUACUGGUUCUUCAUGAUUGAAGAUUUCUCUAUCUCUCACUCUUUUAUUAGUUUGACAAAUUCAUAAUGCAUACCUGUAUGUAAUCUGUCUUUGUGUUGUAAUCAUUUUUUAUGUACAAUCACCAUUUAAAAGAAGCUUCAAAUUCAUCUCUAUUAAAACUCUGUUACGAUAGCUUUAAGAACUAACUCUUUGUGGUAGAAUUUAUAUAUUAAUUGUUUCCUGUUUUCUAUAUGUAUUAUACUAUAAGCAUUUAUUCUGAUUUGAUACCAACACUUGUAAUCCCAUAAUAUAGUACAAUCCCAAAAUGAAAUUAAAUAUAAUAAAUAAAUCUCACUGAUGGUCAUUGAU